CGGGGCCUAGCGUGUGCAGCGUCAUCACAGCCCGGCGCGUCAUCCUGAUGUGUACAGGCGGCUUCCGGCUCGUCUCACGCUGCGGUGCCGGCUCAGGACUGGAGCCCAGAGGACUGUGGUGGUGGUGGCAGCCGUCGUGUGCUAAGAAGAAGACACCAUGGAAAAUCACUAAGAGGAAGAAGACAAAUCUACCACAGGCACAUUUAGUAUUUUAAUUUAUCACCAUUUGCAUGAACGAUGGAUCCUCUGACGGCAAGAACUGGUAACCUGAGAAGCGUGGCUCUAUGGUUUAUUGUCUUCUCUCUGGUUGUGCUGGUCUGGUCAGAUGAGGACUACUACGGUUUACUUGGCAUAUCCCGGGCGUCCAGCAGUAGAGAAAUUAGGCAAGCAUUUAAGAAGUUGGCACUGAAAUUACAUCCUGACAAAAACCAGAAUGAUCCGAGUGCACAUGACAAAUUUUUGAAACUAAACCGCGCAUAUGAGGUUCUAAAAGAUGAAGAACUUCGAAAGAAGUAUGAUAAAUAUGGGGAGAAGGGCCUGGAUGAGAGCCAAGGACGCCAUUACGAGAGCUGGAGCUUCUAUCAAUAUGACUUUGGUAUUUAUGAUGAUGACCCUCAAAUUUACACUUUGGAUAAAACUGAAUUUGAUGGCGCUGUAAGCUCCGGAGAAGUAUGGUUCGUUAACUUCUAUUCUCCUGGCUGUUCACACUGUCAUGAUCUUGCACCGACAUGGCGAGAGUUUGCUAAAGAAAUGGAUGGACUUAUACGUAUUGGAGCAGUCAAUUGCAGGGAUGAAAGAAUGCUUUGCAGGAGCCAAGGAAUCAACAGUUAUCCAAGUCUCUAUAUUUUCAGAGCUGGAAUGAAUCCAGUCAAGUACUUUGGGGACCGAUCAAAUGAGAAUUUGGUACAUUUUGCCAUGAAGUAUGUUUCAAGUACUGUAACAGAGUUAUGGGCAGGUAAUUUCAAAAACUUGGUAGAGAAUUCCUUUGCAUCAGGAGUUGGCUGGCUAAUUACAUUCUGUGCUGACACUGGAGACUGCCUGUCCACACAGACGCGGUUAAAACUUGCUGGCAUGCUCGAUGGACUGGUAAGUGUGGGGUGGAUGGACUGUACCACUCAAGCUGACCUCUGUGACCAUCUGGAAAUCGCCACAAGCACCACGGCUUACUUCCCGCCUGGAGCCAGUCUAUCUGACAGAGAGAAAAACGGCGUUCUGUUCUUUAAUUCAUUAGACGCCAAAGAAAUCUACCAAGAAGUGAUGGAACAUCUUCCAGAUUUGGAAAUGCUUUCUCCAGAUUCCUUAAAGGACAGAUUAACAUUUCAUCGAUGGCUUAUAUUCUUCACUUAUGGAUACGAUCGAGAGUUUUACCUCCCAGAAUUCAAAAAGCUCAAUGUUUUACUGCAUGGUGAUCAUAUUCAGGUUGGACGUUUUGACUGCCAGUCCCAUCCUUCUACCUGCAGCUCCCUAUACAUUCAUAAGCCUUGUGUGGCGGCAUUUAAGGGGAAGGGCAUCAACCACUUUGAAAUCCAUCAUGGAAAAACAGAUGUUUACGAGAUGGUGACUUUUGCAAAAGACAGCGUCAACUCUCACGUGAUAUCACUGGGUCCUAAGAAUUUCCCUGGAAACGAGAGAGAGCCGUGGCUGGUGGACUUCUUUGCUCCUUGGUGCCCUCCGUGUAGAGCCUUGCUGCCAGAAUUGAGAAAAGCAUCAAAGCGGGUAUUUGGGCAUGUGCGGUUCGGCACUCUGGAUUGCACAGUUCAUGAAGGUCUCUGCAAUAUGCAUAACAUAAGAGCCUACCCAACAACCGUAGUAUUCAAUCAGUCUAAUAUUCACGAGUACGAGGGACAUCACAGUGCAGAGCAAAUCCUGGAGUUCAUUGAGGAUCUUCGCAAUCCUUCCGUUGUCACUCUCACACCUGAAACUUUGAAGGAACUGGUAAAGGGACGGAGUCGUGAUGAAAUCUGGAUGGUGGAUUAUUACGCGCCUUGGUGUGGACCAUGUCAAGCCCUAAUGCCCGAGUGGAAACGCAUGGCACGGCAUGUAAGCGGAUUGAUCAAUGUUGGAAGCGUUGACUGUCAGAAAUACGGCUCACUUUGCAGUAAAGAAUAUGUCCAAGCUUAUCCAGAAAUCAGGCUUUACCCAGCAAACCGGGACAAUCCUAAUUAUUACCAAACUUAUAACGGCUGGCAGAGAGAUUCCUAUUCACUCAAAAGCUGGGGGCUUUCAUACUUGCCCAAGAUUGCCACUGAGCUCACGCCUGAAAGUUUCAACGAGAAAGUUUUAGAGAGCAAAGAUCACUGGCUUUUGGAUUUCUACGCCCCGUGGUGUGGCCCAUGUAAGAGUUUUGCUCCUGAAUUUGAGUUUGUGGCCAGGCUUCUUAAAGGAAAAGUGAAAGCUGGAAAAGUGGACUGCCAAGCUUAUGGACAAAUUUGCCAGUCAGCGGGCAUUAGAGCAUACCCUACUGUGAAAUUUUACCCUCACAUGGGAUCUAAAAAGAAAAAUGUGCUAGGUGAACACGUGGAUACAAGAGAUGCCAAAGAAAUAGUGAAAAUGGUGACGGCAAGACUAGGAUUCUUACAAAAGCAAAAUCAGCCAUCUCGGAAGGAUGAAUUGUGAUGCAGAGGGGAUUAUUGACGUUCACUGAUUUCAUCUUCAGUGUGUACUGAUUUGGGCUACUUAAAACUCGUACGGUGGACAUUAUGAAGGACCAUGCCUGAUGAGGAUAAGAAGCUGCCACCUGCACUUAAGAAGAUGUUGCCUUUUCAUUCAACAAUAAUUUGGAGGUGGAUACCUCCUAUUGCUGGCGUUUAUUUCAGGGCUUGUAUUGGUUUAGUUUUCUGAAAGUGCCCUAAAAAAAGAGAAAUAGAAAAUCUAUGACACUUGUGAUCAGAACGAUGACAUUUGCAAGCACCAAUCGUCUCUUGUGUAUGCUCUCCUUCGUCAUUUAUAGCAUAUACAGGGGAGUGUCUGAUGGAGAUCCCUUCUCUGGGACAUGCAGCUCUGUGGACCCACCUGGUAGGACAGCUGCUACAUCCACGUGGAGAAUGAAUAGAGAGGUGGCCACGUGUGUGUGGUUUUCUCUAUAUUUCUAUGUGAGUUGUGCGAGCUGCAGCCUGUGGAUAUGGCAGAAAUGUCCAAAAUGGGAAUACCAUUUGAAGUCAUUUUGGCUGGCUUUGCUGUAUCCAUUUUACUGUAGGUGAUUGAAAUCAGUAGAAUAAAAGUUUUACUAGAAAUUAUAAUUUUGCCUUAAUGGAAUUUAGGACAGUUUCUCAACUUAAUGGGGAGCUUUACUGUUUGUGUUAACACGAGAGAUUCUUUCCUCCAUGUACAAGAAAUAGAAAAGGGUGACGACUAAAUCAUAAGGGUGUUCCCAUCAAAUACAUUUAUGGUAUUUCACCGGAUAUACCAUAGAUGUGUGAUAAGUGCGUGUCCUACCUCUGGGAGAAUGGGUGUCCUUAUUACAUGGCAGCUCUCUUCAUAGAUUCCAAUGGAGAGGUGACUUGCGCGUGACCCUUACCAUUGUAGCCCAUGGGAGAAAGAGAUGAGAGCGUCCACGUCUCCACCGCAGUUUACGGGGAACACUGCGUCUGUGAAUUGGCGAAUGAGGGUCACAGGCUCUGACCCUGGUUCUCCUACACAUAUGAAGCAUUUACAGCCUAUCCUGUGUAUCUGCCGUAGAUGUACACGAUGGGAAUAACCUUUACCUUGUUUCUUUACUUUUACAAAGUUGCAAAAAAAAUAAAUUAAUUAAAGGGGUUAUCAC